AUGUGCGCCGUUUUCGCGCGUGCCCGCUCGUUCACGGGCACAUUAGCUUCGCGUGCACGCCAGUUUCGCGUGCACGCUAUGUCCUUGCGCGCGCCUAAACCGGCGCUUGGGUUCCGGCUGCAGCAAGGGUGCCUCCGGCUAGGAGGUUGCUUCCGGGUUUGUGCCGCGCAUGCGCAGUUGGCGAGCGGUGAAUUCGCUCGUUCUGAGCAUGCGCGAAUAGGCGGUGACGUCAGAUAUGACGUCACACGCCUAUUUAAGCGCCAUCCAAAGGAAAAUCUCCAAAGAAAAAUCAAUGCGAAGCCUGUAAUAAAAAAACGCUGGAGGGCAAACGGUUAUGUGCAGAAUGUUUAUCUGAAGCAGCUGGAACAUCUAAUCCUUCAAUGGAAUUUGUACAAUUCAUAAAACAAGCAGUGGCUCAAGGUAUCAAAGAAGCAGGGGCAAGUCACAAAAGACCCCGGUUACAUGAACCUUCGGAUUACCAACAUCAUGAUUCGUCAGAUGAAUCCAUGGAUAUGGAAUCAUACCAGGGGAAUUUCUUAUCUUCAGACGAAGAAGAAACUCAGGCCCCUGCAGAUUUUCUAGAACCUGCUCAGAUAGACCACCUCAUUUACAAAGUCUGUAAAUCUUUGAGCUUAAGAGAGGCAGUUGCAGAACAGUCAACCUCUUAUCGUUAUUUCUCAGACUUGAGAAAGAAAAGAGCAACCUUUCCAGUGCAUGAUACUAUUAAGGAAUUAAUUAAAGACGAAUGGUCUAAUACAGAUAAGAAGCUUUCAGCACAAGGCAGAAUUUCUCGCCUCUAUCCUUUUGACAAAUCUGAUUCAUACCAUUGGGAUAAUGCCACUAAGGUGGAUGCGGCAGUAGUUCGACUUGCAAAACAUACCACAUUACCAGUAGAUGAUGCAGGCUCAUUUAGACACCCAAUGGACAAGAAGAUGGAUCUGCAUCUCUCAAAGGCUUAUGUUGCAGCAGGGACUGGUUUUCACCCUGCAAUAGCCCUUACUUCAGUGUCCAGGGCCUUGAAAAUCUGGAUCGAAAACUUGGAAGAGGAUAUCAGAGAUGGGAGAACAGAUCUUCUCUUCUGGAAAGAUUAAAUGAUAUUAAACUGGCCGUUGACUUUACGUCAGAAUCUUCGGUAGACAUGGUGAAAGCCUUAGCAAGGAAUAUGGCUCUUUCAAUUUCAGCUAGAAGAGCUUUAUGGUUGAGAUCCUGGUCCGCAGAUUCAUCAUCAAAGUCUAGUCUAUGCGCCCUUCCUUUUCAUGGUGAGAUGUUGUUUGGUAAAAACCUAAACGAGUGCAUCAAAAGAGCUGCAGAAGGUAAAAAAGCCUUUCUUCCACAAGACCGGAAAACCCGUGGAUCCUUUCGAGCCAGAAGAUACUCUGAGUACCCCUCCUUUCGCGAUACCAGAUCUUAUAAACCGGGAAGAGAAUAUGGAAGGUCUAUUCCAUGGAGAGGCGGACAUUCAUCCAACAGAGGAGGAAAGUCUAGAGGUUCCUCAUUUCACAAGAAGCCUUUGUGACAAACCCACUUACCAUUCUGGAGGAGUAGGUGCCCGUCUACUACUUUUCCAGAAUAUGUGGAAAAAUUCAACUCAAGACAGAUGGGUGCUGGAUAUCAUACAAAGAGGAUAUCUUAUAGAAUUCUCCACAAGGCCGCCACCUCGCUCCUUCCAGAAGACAAUCUGGCCGAGAGAUGCAGAAAAAAGAGAUUCCCUAAAAAAGUUUAUCUCAUCCCUUCAAGACGAUGGAGUCAUCGUUCAAGUUCCAAGAGCUCAGCAAACAUACGGGUUUUACUCCCAUAUCUUCCUCACCAGAAAAUCCACAGGAGGAUGGAGACCUAUAUUAGACCUAAGCCGACUAAACAAGUUCCUAAACAUAAGGAAAUUCAAGAUGGAGUCUCUUCAAUCCAUUGUAAAAGCAGUUUUUCCAAAUCAAUGGCUCAUGUCAAUAGACCUGGCAGAUGCAUAUUUCCAUAUUCCCAUAGCACCCCAGCAUCAAAGAUUCCUCAGAUUCGCUGUGGAAGAGGGGCAUUUUCAGUUCCGUGCUCUCCCCUUUGGGCUAAGCACUGCUCCACGUACUUUCUCAAAAGUUCUGGUGGUUCUCAUCGCAGAACUCAGGAAGAAAGGCAUUGCAGUAUAUCACUACCUCGACGACAUCCUGAUUCUGGCAGAAAACAGAGAAAUAUUAGAAGAUCACGGCCUGAUAUGUAUACAGUAUCUUCAACAACACGGAUGGAAGAUCAAUUUUGCCAAAAGCAACUUAAAACCAUCCCAGAACAUGAUAUAUCUAGGAGCAGCAUUCAACACUGCAGAGGGGUCCGUCCAACUAUCCCCAGAAAGGGGUAUGAAAAUUCGGGAAAAGGUCAAAAACAUGUUGGCAUCCAGUGUUUCCUCAGCAGAGACAAUCAUGAGCCUCCUGGGAUCAAUGUCCUCCACUAUAGGACUUACAAGAUGGGCUCAAUGGAGAAUGAGGCCUUUCCAAAAGAAUUUCCUUUCUCAAUUCAAGGGCAAUCUGUCUCAACCUAUAAUGAUCCCUCCUCACGUACAAGAAUCCCUCAAGUGGUGGACCCACAAAGAGUCUCUCUUCAGAGGUUAUCCCUUAGGAAACAUUCCAUGGAUCAUCAUCACCACAGAUGCCAGUCAAUGGGGCUGGGGAGCCCACCUUCAAGACAACUAUGUUCAGGGGAAAUGGGCAUUUUCAACCUCCGACACCCCUUCGAAUCUUCUAGAACUUCUGGCAGUUUUCAAGGCUCUAAUGCACUUCCGGCAGCUUUUACUUCACAAAUGGGUCAAGAUCAGGACAGACAAUGCCACUGUUGUGGCAUAUAUAAAUCACCAAGGAGGAACAAGAAGUUGCAGAAUGAUGAAACUGAUGAAACCUUUGAUGGCCUGGGCUCAAAUGAACUUGGAGAAUAUCUCUGCAAUACAUCUCCCAGGAACUCAGAACUCGGUGGCAGACUUUCUCAGCAGGGUGAAAUUAGACCCGGGAGAAUGGAGUCUAUCAGACAUAAUAUUUCUGCAGAUCGUAGAAAAAUGGGGCCUUCCCCAGAUAGAUCUAAUGGCUACAAGCAACAACAGAAAAGUCAAGAACUUCUUUUCGAGAAUUCUAGAUCCCCAGGCCAUAGGAAGAGACGCAUUGACAUGCAGUUGGAACUUCGACCUGGCUUAUGCCUUUCCUCCGAAACCCCUCAUCUUCCCUCUGCUAAGGAGACUACGACAAGAGAAGACAUCACUGAUUCUAAUAGCCCCUUUUUGGCCUCGCAGACCUUGGUUUCCGCUCCUACUAAGUCUGUGCAAGAAGGAUCCAUGGCGCCUUCCAGUUGUCCCAUUCCUGUUACAUCAGGGUCCGAUUCACCAUCCAAACCCAGCAUCCCUUCGUCUGAUGGCAUGGUACUUGAAAGGGAUGGGUUAAAGAACAAGGGAUUUUCAAGAGCAGUUAUCGAGACACUUCUUCAAGCAAGGAAGAAGUCUACUUCAUCCACUUACUACAGAAUAUGGGAUGUAUUUUCUUCAUGGGCCAGUUCAAGGCCCUUUGAUAUGUUGAACCCUUCGACUACUGACAUUCUUGAUUUUUUACAAUCAGGUCUAGAGAAGGGAUUGAGUUAUAACACUCUAAAGGUGCAUGUUUCUGCCCUCUCUGCUUUAACUAAUCAUAGAUGGGCACUGGAUCCGGACAUAGCUAGAUUUCUGACUGCAGUCCUCAAGAUCAAGCCUCCCAUUAAGUCUAUUACUCCGCCAUGGGAUCUCCCUCUGGUCCUGAAGGCUCUUAAAGCAGAUCCUUUUGAACCUAUGACAUCAAUUUCCUGUCAUCUUCUCACGAUCAAGACAGUUCUACUAGUAGCACUAGCCUCUGGUAGAAGGGUUUCUGAUCUCCAGGCUCUUUCGGCUCGAGAACCUUUUACGAUAUUUCAUAAGGACAGAGUCAUCCUAAGAACGGUUCCAGAAUUCCGCCCAAAGGUGACUUCAGAGUUCCAUAUGAAUGAAGAGAUAAUCCUUCCAGCAUUAAGCACAGAAGAAUCUAAUAACAGGGAAAACGCUGAUGAUGAUGCUAUCGACCUAGUAAGAUGCCUUAAGAUUUAUAUACAGAGAUCCUCAGAAUGGCGAAUUUCGGAAAGGCUCUUUGUUAUUCCUAAUGGCCCUAGGAAGGGUCUGCAAGCUUCAAAAGCCACUAUCAGCAGAUGGAUAGUUUCGGCCAUUAUCCAAUCUUAUAGGUCAUCUAAAACUAGUGUUCCUGAAGGUUUGAAGGCUCACUCUACACGUUCCCUUUCUUCAUCCUGGGCAGCUGCAGCAAAGGUUUCUACAGAACUGAUUUGCAAAGCAGCCACUUGGUCAUCUUCUAAUACAUUUAUUAGACAUUAUCGUUUAGAUGUAAGAGCUGGCCAAUACGAUGGAUUUGGCAGAUCAGUUCUUUCUGCCUCAUAAGACUAACUACUAUUCUUUUUGUUUAUCACAUUGAGUUGUUUGUGACAAUACACUUGCAUUAUUUAAUAAUGUGUCUGAGUUUUUCUUUCCCUCCCUUGGUUUUAGCUUGGGUAUUACCCAUUGUUGUGCUGCCAUGGAUAUGGCCAGGAAAGAGAUAAAUUUACUCAUACUUACCGUAAUUUUCUUUUCCUGGUCAUAGGCCAUGGCAGCACAAAGGCCAGGGAUAUUGCUGUUAACUAGACUGAGGGAGGAGGAGGUAGGAGGGGGUAUUUGUACCCUUGUUUUAAUUGGUUCCUGUCUAACUAGGGAUAGGGGAGGAGCUACCCAUUGUUGUGCUGCCAUGGCCUAUGACCAGGAAAAGAAAAUUACGGUAAGUAUGAGUAAAUUUAUCUCUCUCUAUAUAUAUAUAUAUAUAUAUAGGUGAACGCUUGGCACUCACCUCCAAAAAAAUAUAAAUUUUUAACUCACAUGCCUGGGUGCAAAUUGUUGGCGUCAAUUUUUAUUUUUGUUUAUAUAUAUAUAUUUUAGCCCUGUAUGUUGUCAUGCUUCACUCUUCCCUGGUUGUUGCACCCCGUGUGAUUAAUGAGUAAAGCAAGGCCUGAAUUUUAAUGUGAUGUUUCCAUAGCAACAGAUUCAGCCACACUGAUGUAAAUGAUUUGUAUUAUCACUUUGUUUUACAAGCCCAUUCCACAUCAUAUGCACAGGACACUAGGCCUGCGUUUAUGUGAAAAGAGGCACUCAUCUUUCCGUUGACUCAUCAGAAUGAGAUGAGCUGUACAAUUUGCUUCAUCAGCGAGGUUUGAAUGAGAUAAUUGCUGUAACCAGACGUUGCGAUACUAAAACGCUAACACUCCCUGCAAAGUAAUAAAUUGCAGACUAAUUACAAAGAAAAUUGUAAUUGAGAAUAUAGCAUUAAAAGUUAUUGGUUUAAACAGUGAAUUGUGUUGUAUUUAUAUUUAGAACAGCACCCCACAAAUCCACUUAUUUUUCUAUUAAGAGGGCAUUAGUGGGGCACUGCCAUUUACUUCCUUAGUUCACCAUCAAAGAAAACCGUCAUUAUUUGAAUUAACAGUAAAAAUAAAAGAUCACAUGUAUUAUAGCCUCUGUUUAUUAUUCUGCAAUGCAUACUUAUAAGUUAAAGGACCACUAUAGGCACCCAGCUCAAUGAAGUGGUCUGGGUGCCAGGUCUCUCUCUAGUUUUAACCCUGCAGCUGAAAACAGCAGUUUCAUAGAAACUGCCAUGUUUACACUGAGGGUUAAUCCAGCCUCUAGUGGCUGUCUUAAUGACAGCCGCUAGAGGUGAUUCUCACUGCAAAAAUCAUAGUGAGAAGACGCUGCUGUCCAUAGGAAAGCAUUGAAUAAUGCUUUCAUAUGGGCUGUUUGAAUGCAUGCGCGGCUCUUGUCGCGCAUUCGGAUCUGACAUCUGCAGGGGGUGGAGAGUUUCCCAGCAUAGAGGGAGCCCGGUGCUGGAGAAAGGCAAGUGGCUGAAGGGGUUUUAACCCAUUCAGCGCUGAGGGUGGGAGGGACCUAAUGACCCUAUAAUGCCAGGAAAAUGAGUUUGUUUUCCUGGCACUAUAGUGCUCCUUUAAAGGACCACUCUAGGCACCCAGACCACUUAAUAAAGUGGUCUGGGUGCCUGGCCCCUCUAGGAUUAACCCUUUUUUUUUUUUUUUUUUUUAUAAACAUAGCAGUUUCAGAGAAACUGCUAUGUUUAUAAAUGGGUUAAUCCAGCCCUCAAAGCCUCUAGUGACUGUCUCAUUCUUAGGAGAUAAGUGGUACUUCUGACUAAAGAGGGUUAUAUUUGGCUGACGCUGACCCCACUGAGCAAGUCAGAAAAUUAAGUUACCUUUUAUGUAUUUAUUGCAAAAACAAUACUCAGUAAGGCUAUAUGACAUGUAAUCUUUUCAUGAAAUAAUAAAAAGUGAUCAAUUUACUUUAAUAUGAUAUAUAAAUGGUUCCAGACUAACUGAUAACCAUACUGUGCAUAUUUCUGUGCACAGGGCAUCAUUCAAUGACUGUUGGGAUUGGGAUCAGCAUCCGGCUUCUACAGCUUUGCAGAAGCUGGAUGUCAUCACCAACUGCAGGAAGAGACCCUUGGCGCCUCGUGGGACCCCAAGUAAGAAGACAAACCAUUGCAAAAUGGUUUUCCCAUUACAAGGGUAUGAGCCAGGGUACUUUUAACAUCACAACCAAACCAUCAUUAUGAUGGUUGGAGUAACCCUUUAACCCCUUAAGGACCAAACUUCUGGAAUAAAAGGGAAUCAUGACAUGUCACACGUCAUGUGUCCUUUAGGGUUUAAAGUGUCCCUUUAAUCCCAGGCUUUCGUGUGGAAAGAGAGGACUUUAUUAUAACGGACUGUCUGCCUACCAACCAUCCUGGAGCAAAUGGGCCAGUCGUGGUUUCAUGUUUCUAUACUGCUGUUCCAGCUUUGUUUCCUGGCAUCUCAAAUCUGCUCAUGUUCAUUCCUAAUUGGGACUGACCAUUGAGUCAGUCAGUAAGAACAUUCACACCUGGCUCACAAGACCCUUUCCCCUGCAGUCCUUCCCUUAUUCCACCAGUCUGGCCACCCCCUUCCAAGCUCAUACCUCUCAAUUUUUGCAUCUAUGAAACAUAGAAACAUAGAAUGUGACGGCAGAUAAGCACCAUUCGGCCCAUCUAGUCUGCCCAAUUUUCUAAAUACUUUCAUUAGUCCUUGGCCUUAUCUUAUAGUUAGGAUAACCUUAUGCCUAUCCCACACAUGCCUAAACUCUUUUACUGUGUUAACCUCUACCACUUCAGCUGGAAGGCUAUUCCAUGCAUCCACUACCCUCUCAGUAAAGUAAUACUUCCUGAUAUUAUUUUUAAACCUUUGUCCAUCUAAUUUAAGACUGUCCUCUUGUUGUGGUAGUUUUUAUUCUUUUAAAUAUAGUCUCCUCCUUUACUGUGUUGAUUCCCUUUAUGUAUUUAAAUGUUUCUGUCAUAUCCCCCCUGUCUCGUCUUUCCUCCAAGCUAUACAUGUUAAGAUCCUUUAUUCUUUCCUAUUGAGGGACACAUAAGGGUUAUACUCGUGUUUCGUGAACAAACCAUUUGGUAUGUAAUUGUAUCAAGAUCAGGCAAGCAGCUUCGUCUUAUCAUGAUGUGGUGUCUUGCAUGUAGAAGUAAGAUCCAGGGUUUAUCCAGGCUGAGCUAAGACCAGUCGGAAUUCAUUCAUCCCAGGAGAUGGAUCAGACAGUUGUUUACCAUUUUAAUAUGGGACUGUUUUUCUUUGGUUUAAGCAAUAGGUACAUCUGGGUUUUAUCAUCAUAGAAGUGGUAGUCUAAACCAGCAUUUGUUGCAUUUUCACUCUCUGCAAGCAUGCAUCCAGCGAACAACAUGGGAUAGACUUAAUUUCUUAUUCUUCAGUUCUACGUGUUAAAGGGACACUAUAUUCACCAAAACAACCUUAGCUUAUUUAAGCAGUUUUGGUGUAUAGAUCAUACCCCUGAAGGCUCACUGUUUAAUUCUCUGCCAUUUAGCAGUUAAAUUACUUUUGUUUAUGCUUAUGCAGCCAUAGCCACACCUCCCCUGGCUGUGACUGACACAGCCAGCAUGAAAAAAAAGGUUUUAUUUUCAAUCACAUGUAAUUUACUUUGAAAGUUUAUAUCUCCUACUCUGUAAAUUAAACUUUAAUCACACAAAGGGGCUCCUGCACGGUCUAGCAAGCUAUUAACCGAGCAGGAGAUAAGAAAUUCUAAAUUUAAACAAAAUCUGCAAUAAAGGAAGUGUAAACAUUAGAUGACACUUAACAGGAAGUGUUUAGGAAGGCUGUGUUAGUCACGUGCAGGGAGGUGCAUAAACAAAGCGAUUUAACUCCUAAAUGGCAGAGAAUUGAGCAGUGAGAUUGCAAUGGCAUGAUCUAUACACCAAAACUGCUUCAUUAAGCUAACGUUGUUUUGAUGACUAUUGUGUCCUUUUAAAUUGGACUGUAAUAACCUUGUACACUAGCAUGUAUUUUAAAACUAGAGAAAACAUGAUGUACCCUUCUGUGUAUUUGUGCUUUUAUUACUUUUACUUUUAAUACAUGGAGCCUGUAGGUGUCCAUAUAAAGUUAUAGAUGUUAAACAUAUAUUGUUCGUAGUAUCAAAUGAAUAGUCAAAAAUAAUACUUUUUGAAUAUAGACUGUUUUUCUAGGAUCAGGUAAAUGUUAAUUUUCUUAUUUUACUUAAAAUGGAGUCUGUUUACAAAGUGUAUAAGUCACACGGGGGACAGUGAGAUUUAAAAUUGUCUACUGCGCAUUUAGUUUGCAGGAGAAGUGUUACUCCUGGGUCUAGUAAUUUCAGAAUUAUAGCAUAGCUCUUUGUUUUCAGGGAUUUUAUAAUGUAAGCAUGGAGGGGGUCACGGUAAAGUUAGCUGGGCACAGAUGUUAAUGGAAUAGACUUGUUAAAUAAUGUUUGCUGGUUGGUCUUGGCUGAGGAGGAGAAUGAGAAGAGAUCUUUGUUAGCCAAAAGUCCUUUUGGAAGGAGGAUAGAGCGAGGCACUGUCAGGAGUUGCUGCCAUGGGAACAACAAAUGAAAAUGAGCUGUGUGUGUAAAGCACGGAAAAGGAUAGGUACAGUGAGGGAAAAAAGUAUUUGAUCCCCUGCUGAUUUUGCACAUUUGCCCACUGACAAAGAAAUGCUCAAUCUAUAAUUUUAAUGGUAGGUGUAUUUUAACAGUGAGAGACAGAAUAACAACAACAAAAAAACAAAACAGAAAAGCGCAUGUCAAAGUUAUGAAUUGAUUUGCACGUCAAUGAGUGAAAUAAGUAUUUGACCCCUUUCAACUUAGUACUUGGUGGCAAAACCCUUGUUGGCAAUCACAGAGGUCAGACGAUUCUUGUAGUUGCCCACCAGGUUUGCACACAUCUCACAAGGGAUUUUGUCCCACUCCUCUUUGCAGAUCCUCUCCAAGUCAUUAAGGUUUUGAGGCUGACGUUUGGCAACUCGAAUCUUCAGCUCCCUCCACAGAUUUUCUAUGGGAUUAAGGUCCACUCCAGGACUGUGCUUCUUUUUGAGCCACUCCUUUGUUACCCUGGCUAUAUGUUUUGGGUCAUUGUCAUGCUGGAAUACCCAUCCACGACCCAUUUUCAAUGCCCUGGCUGAGGGAAGUAGGUUCUCACCCAAGAUUUGAUGGUACAUGGGCCCCGUCCAUUGUCCCUUUGAUGCGGUGCAGUUGUUCUGCCUCUUAGCAGAAAAACACCUUCAUGUUUGACGGUGGGGAUGGUGUUCUUGGGGUCAUAGGCAUCAUUCCUCCUCCUCCAAACAUGUUGAGUUGAGGCCAAAGGAGAGAAAAAAAAACAAGUAGCAAGUAGUGAGAACAGACAACUCAGUUAUCCUGGUUUUAGCUCAUCUAGUGCCAUUACAGAGAGAACAUAUGUGAAGCAUAUCAGACUGGUCCCACCCGUAUGGGAAGUCCAGAUCUGAAAUGCCAGCAAGUUCCCUCUGCAUGCCAAAGAGCUAAAUUUCGGUCUCCUCUUACCACAACACUUUCACCCAGUUCUCCUCUGAAUUAUUCAGAUGUUCAUUGGCAAACUACAGAUGGGCCUGUGCAUGUGCGGGCUCUGCAGUAUUUCAGUCCUUCACUUCGUAGUGUGUUACCAAUUGUUUUCUUGGUGACUGUGGUCCCAGCUGCCUUGAGAUCAUUAACAAGAUCCUCUCAUGUAGUUUUGGGCUGAUUCCUCACCGUUCUCAUGAUCAUUGAAACUCCACGAGGUGAGAUCUUGCAUGGAGCACCGGACCGUGGGAGACUGGCAGUUAUUUUGUGUUUCUUCCAUUUGCGAAUAAUCGCACCAACUAUUGUCACCUUCUCACCAAGCUGUUUGGCGAUGAUCUUGUAGCCCAUUGCAGCCUUGUGUAGGUCUACAAUCUUGUCCCUGACAUCCUUGGACAGCUCUUUGGUGGAGAGUUUGGAAUCUGAUUGCUUCUGUGGACAGGUGUCUUUUAUACAAGCAACGAGUUGAGAUUAGGAGCACUCCCUUGAAGAGAUUGCUCCUAAUCUCAACUCGUUACCUGUAUAAAAGACACCAGGGAGCCAGAAAUCUUGCUGAUUGAUAGGGGAUCAAAUACUUAUUUCACGGAUUGACAUGCAAAUCAAUUUAUAACUUUUUUGAAAUGCGUUUUUCUUGGUUUUGUUUUUUUUUAGUUUGUUAUUCGGUCUCUCACUGUUAACAUACCUACCAAUAAAAUUAUAGACUGAUCAUUUCAUAAUCAACAGGGGAUCAAAUACUUUCCCCCCUCACUGUAUUCAGGGGACGAUGGGGAAUCAUUAGUGGCGGGGUUGUGACUAAUGAGGUGGAAGAAUGGAGAGAGAUGGUACAAGAAGCAGCUAGGGAUGAAAUAGGAGUGUAAAAAAAGUAUAUUGGAUACAGAGGAGCGAUGUUAAUUUGAGGAAAGUGAAAUAAAGUGGAGAAAUAGGUGGGUGUGUUAAAGUAUCAUUUCAUUAUAGUAUAUCAAUGUGACUAUAUAUAUAUAUUUGAAGUCGACAUGUUAUCUAAAGGUGCUUACAAUUGUGUUACACAUCUCAAUUAAAUGUAUAAGAAACACAAUAUAGUUUUUAAUGUUGAUCACCUAACUGUAACCGUUUAGUAAAUAGUCCAGCUCAAUCUUUCAAGGCUACAGGUCCAGUGAUUGGAGGAUCUCCAUUAUGUACUAAUAUCCUUGCCCUGUGUUCUCUUCCAGUGGUGCUCAUGCUGUCUCCGUCUAUGCACCUCAGAGGUCUUCCUCACAAUUUCACAGCCGUCCAGCUCCACUUGCACUGGGGUAGCAGCUCCCAUCCAUUUGGAUCCGAGCACCAGAUUGACAGUAAAGCCUUUCCUGCAGAGGUAAGUGCACACCUUCCAGGUAACAUGGAAUUAUAACAGCUCAUCUCAUAUUAUUCCAAAUGUUGGUCACAAAGGAAGCAACAGAAAAAAAGAUUUUUGGGGUAACAAUAGGGGUGCCUAGGAAACUGGUGUCUGGAAAUGCCUGAGAUGUAAAACCAGCCCUGAUCUUUAUAUAUGAGUCGCUAGCUGUCUUCUGAUGUAUUUUGGGUUUAAUCCCUAAACCAAGAAUUUAGGCCAUCAUAAUAAAAUUCUAAGAUAUAGUUCCAUCCUGGAAUUCUGCAGUAAUACACACAACUAGAUGAUAGGGCACACAGUGGUUUUAGUUACCAAGUGUAGUAAUGAAGAUUAUGGAAAAAAUAUGCUAUAGCAAAAAUCUAGAAAGACAAAUCGUAGUGUAGUCUGACAAGCAAUCAAUGGUCUUUUUAUAUCUUUGUUCCAGGAUAAAAUAUUUUUUUUUUUGUCCGUAACCUUCAUAACUACACUUGGUAACUAUAUACGCAUGUAAUUAGAUGAUGGCAAACACAGUGGUUAUUUUAUUUUUAGUGUAAGAGGUGACGUUACAAUUGAUGUUUUGAAAGAACACAAUAGUGUAAGGAAUACAGUUUUUGUAUGUUGAACACUAUAGUAAGCCUAUCUGUUAAAAAUGCUUUAAACACUUACCUAAUUCCAUCUCCAACUCCUCUUAUGUCAGCAUGAUGGGUAACCUAACUCCGCACACGCACUAGGCCUUCUCCAUAGUAAGGCAUUGAGUCAAUGCUUUCCUAUGGGGUUUUGCUGGACAUCAUCAUGCAAAGUGUGAGGAUGUCCAGAGUCGUUUCCUAGAGUUAAACAGCCAGUAAGUCUUAACCCUGCAAGGUAAACAUUGCAUUUCUCUAAAACGACAUGAUUUCAGCUGUAAGGUUAAUGGGACAGGGACAUUGCACCCAGACCACUUCAAUGAGAUCAAGUGGUCUGGGUGCAUGUAGUGUCCCUUUAAGCAUCUCUAGGUGUUAUACAAACUAGUGCCACAAAUCCCUCUUAUUACAUUUAGUUUUAUAUCCUGCAUUUGCCUUAUAAAUUCUCCACAAUACCCAAACUAACAUCCCUGUGUCUCUCUGCUGUUUUAGCAUAGCUUGUGUCAUUCUGCUUGCUUGCCUAACAAAACACUAUAUGGGGGUAGAGAGUGAGCUGAAGUGCUCUAUGGCUGUGGAGUGGUCCUGUAAGCCAUGCCCAUUGUUUUAUCACCUAUACAUAAGAGAGAUGUAUUCCUGUUUUUUUAAUGUAUUUUAUAAAAACUUGAACACUCAAAAAACAAACAAGUAUAGGCACAGAGCGGUGUAUAGGCACAGAGCGGUAUGUAGAAGCAGAUUAGAUAUAGUUUAUUUUUUGUUACAGAGCCGUUUUAAAGCCUCACAUGCUUUCUCCUCUGGUUCUACGUAAUAAACCCAGUGAGAUAUUCGUACCCUGCCAGACUCUUAGGCUGAUAAUCUGUCAUGUGCUUUCUGUUAUUAAUUAGAUCUUUGCUGUAGAAUAUUAAAGAGGCAAACUGAAUGAUGUCUAGACACACUCUGUAAGUAACACUGCAAUUCUCACCAUCCUCAGCAAGCAAAGGAUUUUUGAAUAGAGAGAUGGGAUCUGAUAAGCAACCGUUCUAGAAUUAAACCGUUCUAGAAUUAAAUCAGUUUAAAAAAAACAACCGAUUUAAAGCAAUUUUUGUGUAUAUGUCUAAUGUAAAUAUAUUAUAUAAAUCACUGAGGGACUUUGUUAUGUAACAAACAACAGUCCCUUAUUUUCUAUAUGUUGUACAAGUGGAUAGUCCAUAUAUAUAGGUGAGGGGAGUUCUAGAAUCUGAUCUGUGUCAAUCGGCUCUUGGUUAUAUUUGUCUAAUCCAUGCAAUGUUCCUUAAAUGUGUGUGUGGAAGUUUGCAGUAAAUACCAAAGGGUGUCCAAGCACCCCAAGAACAGAGGUACAGCAAACAGUGGUAAACAUCUGAUAAGUGCAAUAUUAAGGUCAAAUAUUGGGGAUUUAAAAAGGUUGCUCAUUUGCUGCAUGAUAGAAAGUAAAUUAAAACUGUUUUUCAUAAUAAAUAUUUGUCUGCUUCCACUGCUCAGAACUUCACAUUGACCUCAUUUGCCUCACUUUAAAAUGACAUCUACCUUUAAAGCAUGGGGUAUAGACUUUACAAAAAGGAGGUACAGCAUUGUUACCCCUUAACUAGUGUGGACACAGAGGAGGUUUUAGGUUCUAUCUUAUCUGGCUCAGAGGGUCUGUUCCAUCUCCCCACAUUGUGAUUGCAAUCCUAACCCUAGUAAGAACAAUGAAUAAUGCCGUAGUGAUCCUGUGCUCUUAUGAAAGCAGUACUAGUGUCGCUAAAAGCACCUGUGACAUUCUAUAUGUGUCAUUUAAGGGCUGACCCCAUCUAACGGUAUAUUCUCACUGCAGAUCUAUCUUUAUUCAGCAAUGUAGAUGGAGAAGCCUGGAACAGCUUACAGCAGGGCGAUGUGGAUAAAACAGUCUAUAAGAUAGUAUUUUGUAAGAAAACUAGGAUCCAUGAAGUCACAGUCUAAUAAUUUUUAUAAUUGUGGUUGUUUAGGCUUAUGAGUAAAACUUGCCCUAAUGCAAUCAGUUUUCUGUGGACAUUGGGACAUGUGGUUGCCUCGUUUAUCUCGCACAGUAACUGAUGAUGACUCUUUAUUAUCCCACACAAUAAGAAACUGACCACUCUGUGCGUCUUGAAGAGGUUAGGCCUUGCGCAUCGCCUGCCCCUCAGAGAAGGGCAGGGCAGUUACAUAGACCUUACAAAGAGUGGUUAUUGCAGUAGGUAGGUUGUGGUUUGCUGCGUGUCCCAUGGAAAGGCCCAAGGAGCCCCACUGACAAGACAGAAUCUGGCCAGCAAUGUGGACCUUUAUCUGGUCAUGAUUCUCAUGAGACCAUUUUGUGCCUUGCUACUUGACCUUCGUUUGGCAUCUGGUCCUCACAGAGUUAAAACCCAGUGGGUCUCUCUCUGUCUCAUUAUUUGAUUUUCUUAACCCAGAGGUUUUAGUCCUGGGAUUAUAGGGGCAGCCAGAUCCUGCAGGAGCUCUCACGCUUCAAACUCUGCUGUCAGAGGCCACAUACUGCUCAGAGCGAUGAAAUAAAAGCACAUUAAUCACCCAGCCAGCAGUGUCAGCAAAAUCUGAUUCACAGGCCCAUACCCUCAGUACAAUAACAUGCCACAUGCAGACUCCAGUACCGAAAGAUCCCAAGGGACAGCCUGUGUUCAUGUAAAGUCGUAUCACAACCCUUGGGCAGUGUUUAUUUACCCCAAUUAGAUUGCAAGCUCCUUGAAGAACGAAGAGCUGCUAGACUAGUCUGUUAGUGACAGUCUCUUCUAAUUUACCAAAUGAUUCACAGUUCUAAAGGAAAGAUUAUUGAAUACACUAUAUCCCUAGAUGGUAAGCCCCCGUUUUACGUGGCUCCUUUGCCUUUAAUACAUUAUUACUUUAAUGCCAAAUUGUUACUUAAGACACACCUUAUACCAAUUACCAAUGUAUUAUUUUCAUUCAUUGAAACAUGUGGUACCUCUGAAGCCAUAGCUUGCAGGCAGCUGCAUAAUACCAGCUACGCUAUGUGAUUGGCUUUCCUUUUGUAUUGUUAUAUAUUGUAUUUUACCUGUAUAUGUGCGUUUGUUAUACCACUAAAUUGUAAGCAGGCUGCCUUACUAUAACAUUAGAUUGUAAGCUCAUUAGACGACCGGAUCACAGCAUGUAAUUGACUACCAUCAUGUUUCUGAGUCUACGAUACAACCUAGUUCUGGUUACCUUGUGUGAAAUCGGAAUUGGAGUUCAUUAAAAACAUCUUCGAUUAAUUCCACCUAUUAAAUCAUAUUGUUUCUUUGUCCUUCUAUAUUAGAAAGGGUGGUGUGCUGUCUGAUGGAAAAUAAAUUAAGAGGUACAUUUGAAGUUUAACUAAAAACUGUUCUGUACAAAAGAAUUGUUGUUUGGCUAACACACAUUUCUUUAUCAGAUGCACAUUGUCCAUUACAAUUCUGACAAAUAUGCAGAUAUCAACGAGGCCAAAAAUAAACCAGAUGGACUGGCAGUCUUGGGGAUCUUCAUGGAGGUGAGAUACAGUUUAUAUUUUAGAAAUUAA